AUGGAUGACGAUUUCAAUAAACUAACAACAAUAUCAGAAUUGGAAUUCCUUGAUUUUGUUAGGAAAUUUUAUGAAAAAAACUCAAAUAGUUUUACAUUUCCUGACUUAGAUUUAGAUAAAAGGCAAAAACUAGUGACUGAAAUAUUUACACGUUUACGUCCAGGUAAUUUUGAAACAAACUCAAUUAAUAUUUGUUUGAAAUCAUUACGAUUACUCACACGUGAACGGGAAGGACUUGAUGCAAUUACUGGAUCAUCCGUAUUAGAACCGUUACAAAGGCUUGCUGGACUAGAAUGUAGUAAAGUUGACGUUUGUCCGAUUGAUGUUCAGAAUGUUAUUGAAGCUGAAAAAUGUAUGUCAAAUUUAAUUUAUAUGAGUCCGGGUGUUCAAAAAUUCUAUAGUGUUAGCGGAGUGGCUGAUGCAAUUACUCAAAGAAUCAAAGAAACGACGACCAAAUUACAUAGUGACAUUCGAUUUUAUGAUAUGAGAAUAUUAUUUUUAUUAACAGCAUUAAAUCCUGAUAUUAGACAACGUAUACGUGAAAAAUUUCAUGGAUUAUCCUAUUUAUUUGAAAUAAUUAAUCAGAUAAUGCAUAAUAGAGAAACGCUUGCAGCAGCCGAUUCAAAUAUAGUUUUAUCAAAUGAAGAUGUCGAUUAUCUAAUUGAAAUAUUGAAAACAUUAUUUAAUUUAACUGUUGAUCUGCCUAAUAUUACACAUUCGUAUGCAUUGCAAGAAGAAGAAGAGGAAGCACAUUUACAACGUUUAGUGAGCAUUCUACGUGAAUUAUUACUGUGUUUUGCUCAAAAUAGUGACAAACAAUUUGAAUUACAAAAUCAUAUAAUUAAUUUGUUAACAAAUAUGCCAAAGACAUGUUUUGAAGAAUUAUUAACGCCUGUAAAUGAUGAUGAAAGCGAAGAUUCCGAUUAUGAAUAUGAAGGUAAAAAUAUGGAAGCCAUUAAUAUCAUCUUACAAUUUCUUGAUUAUCGGAUAAUAAAACAAGAGGAAAUGAAAGCUUCUAAAGACGCAUUACUACCUGUAUUACAAUUAUUAAUUAUUAUGUGUCAAUCAAAUAGAAAUAUACGAAAGUUUUGUCGUCGACACAUAUUACCACCGUUAGGUGAAGAAAUAAUGAAUUUGCCAACAGAGGGACAAAAAUUACGAAAUAAAUUAACGCGAAUGAUGACAAGCCCAAAUUCAGAACUAAAAACAUUUUCAGCAAAAUUAUUAUUUGUUCUGUGCAAAGAAAAUGUCGAUCGUUUAAUCAAAUAUACAGGCAUUGGUAAUGCAGCUGGCCUCCUCUAUGAUUUUGGUUUAUUGGGACCACCACAUAAUACAAAUAAAGAUCAAUAUUCCAGUGAAUCAGAAGAUUCAGAUACAGACAUUUAUAAACGUUCUAUAGACCGAAUUAAUCGUAUAACUGGUAGCAUAGAUCCUCCUAAGGAAGCUGGGCCCAUGGACGAUUGGUCAGAAGAACAUAAAGAAAGAGAAAUAAUGAAAUUAGUUGACAACAUGCAGCGUGCUAUGGAUAUUGGGAUAAUACAACCGGCAACAAUCGGUCCCGAUGGUAAACCGAUACCUAUCAAAAGUGUUCUACAAUUUCGUGAAACAGUUGAAUUACGCAAAAAGUCAAACGAUCUACUACCAUCCGAAUCGAGCGGUGAUGAAUUGAGUGAGGAUAAAGCAAGUAAAGUUACAACAACUAAGAAAAACUAG